UUUUGCAUUGUCUGUGCCUGCCUACUUCUCAAAAAGGCAGAUUAAAAAUCAUUCGCCCGAACAGGGACUUGAACCCUGGACCCUCAGAUUAAAAGUCUGAUGCUCUACCGACUGAGCUAUCCGGGCUCUUGGCAGAUAUUUCCCACAGUUCUCUUUGAGAAGAUAAGGCAUGACCGUUUGAGAGAAAAAAAAAUCUACUUCCGGAAAAGUAUAUCUUUUUUCAUCUUCAUUUUUGGUAGGACGCCUGUAGUUAUGUGUCCUUCGCAAUAGAGAAAUCCUUAUAAUCUUAACUCUGUUCAUUCAUCUCGGCGCGCACAGCAACGUGACAAACUUUGGAACGUCAUUUCAACAUGUUUUGUAAAUGUGCAGCGCGAGCUUCAAGGGCGCUGCGGCCUGCGCAUCCUCGGUGUGGAGUAUUAACGCUGCCCGCUCUAAGCAAUACUGUAUCGGGCAGCGGAACGUUCUGGUCACGGUGGACAUGCAAACGGGAAUCAAGUAACUCCGCCUGGAAUUCCAAGGUUCCUCAGGCACCCACAUGGGAGCCCAUUGCAGAAAAUCAACUUCCACCGCCAGAUUUAGUGGACAAAUUGGAGAGAUUAGCCCUUGUUGACUUUGGCAGUAAAGAAGGGGUGGACUGUCUGGAGAAAGCCAUUAGAUUCGCUGAUCAGCUUCAUGUCAUUAAUACUGAUGGUGUGGAGCCGACGGAUUCAGUUCUAGAGGACAGAGAGCUGUAUUUGAGAGAUGAUAUGGUAACAGAGGGUGAAUGUGCGGAGGAGCUGCUCCAGCUGGCCAAACACACAGUAGAGGAGUACUUUGUUGCACCUCCAGGGAACAUCCCACUGCCUAAGAGAGAAGAGAGAUCUGCUAUGCUUAAACACUCUGAAUUUUGACUGAAAUGUAACAUUGGAUCUGA